AUGGUCAAAUCCAAAGCAGCCAAGCGCAAGCGUAAUGCGCAAAUCGACCAUCCCCAGAAACAAGCCAAGUCCUCGACUACCUUGACGCCACCUCCCGAUGGCACCAAUCUCGAGCCAAAGCACCUUAACACCGUUGUUUCCGACGAAGAACUCGACAUCACGGUUGAAACCCUCACGGCGCUCGCACAAUACCCCAGCUUGACCAAAUCGAAGGCAUGCAAGGAUCUUCGAGUGGCAGUUUAUGAUUUCCGCCAGGCCUGUACCACGGGCGUCAACAGUGCUGAGGGUGCUAAUCUGACCGCGCGAAUUACGGGUGCCUUGGCCGAUGGGAAAUACUUGGAGGCGAAGAUUCUGCUUGCGGAGAUGAGAAUUAGAGGCGAACAACCGAAGAUUGGAGCAUUGUGUCGCUGGGUACGGGACUUAGAUGUGGUUAGUGGUCUCUCGACACAGCCGGGAGAGACCGAUCGUGUCGUCGAGCGCAGCGCGAAAGACCUCGAGCUUCUCGGUGUUCUAGAUGCCAUCCUGCGUGUCAGCACCCCGAUCGACAUGAGCCCCAAAGCCGUCCCCUCCACCUCUCCUAUCGCUUUCCAGUCCAUCUGGGACCUUCGCCCCUCAACAGCACCUCUCCAAAUUUACGCCUCUGUACUCGACAAGACGAUAUUGGCUGAUGCGCCAACCGCUCCUUCUGCUCUCCGCGUCAUCGAGACUACCCCGGGCCCACUUCGGAAACCUCCAAACCACCACCCUGCCAUCCUCUACACUACCGCACCGAACGCAGUUCCACUCGCUCCUGUCGGCCCAACUAUCACAUACCACCCACACCCCGCAGUGCCGGGUCUAGGUGUCGCCAUGAAUGUUCUCUCGCCCUCAGAGUGCAAGGCAAUCAUUGCUGCUGGUGAAUCUGUCAACUUCCUUCCCGAUGCCCCCCUCCGCGAAGAUGGCGAUUUGAGCAUCCUGGCUCAUAACUUUUACUGGGUUGUGGACACUGCUUUCCACGACCUUCUGUGGGCGCGAAUCUCCCCCUACGUCCCUUCUUCAAUCAACGGCCGACUAGUCCGAGGCAUCAAUCGGCGCUUCCGUGUCUACAGAUACGUUCCUGGUGCAGAGUAUCGUUGCCAUAUUGACGGAGCAUGGCCGCCAUCGGGCAUCCUCCCCGACGACACGUAUGUAUACGACGCUUCACCGGAAGACAAGAAGCAAAGCUCCAUGUACACCUUCUUGCUCUACCUCAACGAUGAGUUUGAGGGCGGAGAGACAACCUUCUUCAUGCCCGCGGCGCGGGAGGGAACUCUCAAUGCCUACCCGGUACGCCCCGUGAUGGGAUCCGUUGCUAUCUUCCCGCACGGAGAGGCGAACGGAGCCUUGUUGCAUGAAGGAACAGGGGUCAGGAAGGGCGCAAAAUACAUUAUCCGAACCGAUGUAGAGUAUGAUGUCAAGCCCUCUGAGGAGUGA